AUGACACAAGCAAACAGCACUGUGGUGACUGAAUUCAUUCUGCUGGGAUUUUUUGUUCAGCAAGAGGUUCAAUAUGCCCUCUUCCUUGGGUUCCUCAUCAUCUAUGCAAUGACUCUAAUAGGCAAUGCUGGCAUGAUCCUCCUCAUCAGUAUUGAUUCCCACCUUCAUACCCCCAUGUAUUUUUUCCUCCAACACCUGUCCUUUGUUGACCUGUGUUAUACCUCGGCUAUCACUCCCAAGAUGUUAGUAAAUUUCCUUGUGUCUCACAAGUCUAUCUCGUUCUCAGGGUGUCUGAUACAAUUACAUAUUUAUGGUCUCUUUGCCACCACUGAGGUUUAUCUCCUUGCAACCAUGGCCAUAGAUCGUUAUGUGGCCAUCUGUUACCCACUGCGUUAUCCAAUGGUCAUGUCCCGAAGGGUCUGCAUCCAUCUGGUCUCUGUUUCCUAUUUCAUGGGAUCCCUGACUGCCACUCUACAUGUCUCUUUGCUUUCUUUGCAAUCUUUCUGUAAUUCCAGUAAAGUCAAUCACUUUUUUUGUGAUGUUCCCCCAGUCCUGGCCCUUUCUUGUUCCAAUAUUGACAUGAAUGUCAUGUUGUUAAUGGUCAACAUAGGCUUCAACCUAACCAGCACUUCGCUGGUCAUUUUCUUCUCCUAUGUAUACAUCCUGGCUGCCAUCUUGAAAAUGCACUCUGCUUCAGGGAGACACAAAGCCUUCUCCACCUGUGCUUCCCAUCUGACAGCUGUGACCAUUUUAUAUGCGACUCUCUCUUACAUGUAUUUGCAUCCUUCUUCCAGUGAAUCUGAGGAAAAUGACAAGGUAGCCUCCAUCUUCUAUGGCAUCAUCAUACCCAUGCUAAACCCCCUGAUCUACAGCCUGAGAAACAAGGAAGUCAAAGAUGCACUGAAAUUCAUGAGAAAGAGUUGCUCAUGA